AUGGAUAGUAAACUUUUGUUUGGGAUUGUGUGGUUUGUAGGAGUUUGGGCAUCUAAUGUGCAGGCACAAAUAAGCUCAUCAACAGAUUUCCUAGAGGUCAGCUGUGAGAGGUCAUUGUUAAACAUCUAUGUGUCUUCAGAGCAUGUUGUUGAUAAACAUGUGACCUUUUCAGCUAUUGACCAAUAUGGGCAAGCCAUUGAGAUUACGACUGCUGUGGCAGCACAGUGCGGUUACACAUUGUCACAGGACUUCUGGGGUAACAUUAAUUUUAGAGCUUCACUGCUUAGUUGCUACACUGAGAUUUCAGACAACUCUAAUUUCACUGCAACCAUAAGGAUUGAUAUAGCACCUAGCACGGACAACAGUAAAGCCCUGAGUUAUACCAGAACAGCCACUUGUCCUUAUGUCUGGGAUGCCAGAGAGAUUGUCUGUGAAGCCAACUACAUGGAGGUAUCUGUACGGCGAAAAAUCCCACAGAUAGCGGAGAGUGGUUUCCCAGAAGAACCUGCUGACUGGGCUGCUGCCUUUCCAGAUGCAGUUUCUGGACUCAUGUCAAUCUGGCAAGUGGUUUUCCAUCUUACAUCCUCACGAAAAGCAAUGUUGGUCAAAAACGCAAACGACAUGGGCUAUGGCAUAAAUACCACAGAAGCAAGAAUUCUGCUGAGAGCUCCGUAUAAUGCCACUGAAAUACAGUAUCAAAAUGUUCAAGGAACAGAAUUUUCAACAGUGAGAGCCACAAUAUUUUACAAGCAGCAAUGGCUAAUACUAAUGGUUGAUACUGCAGCUGCCUGUCCAGUUGAUGAUGUGACUUUUACCAAAGACACGAUCGUGUGGAAUGUUCCCAAAAAUGUACCCAUACUGCUUACUGGUGCCAGUAGAAUAAAGAGCCAAACAAUUCAGUUUGGGGUCAACCUUGUCACUCUGUCAAACAGUGAAGUCCUUCGCCGCGGAUACACAGUGAUAGACAGUGACCAAUCCACUAGAGUGUUGGUUCCUAUGGGUGCUCUGGGUGGCUAUUACAAGAGCCAUGUAAGACGAGAAGAGAUUGGAAUCACCUACAGUAUUGCCUUGUUUCUUGAAAACAAAUGGGAAGACAGCAGAUGGGGCAUUACAAAACACACAAUUAUUAAAGAAAUUACCUCACCCUUUAUUCCUCAGCCUCCCACCAUAACGAACGAAACUUAUGUACCUUCACGAGUGUUUAAUGUCACAAUUGGUACUUUUCUCCCGGAUGUCGUACUGGUGAACGUGACUGUUGGUCAGGUCACAAGGACAGUAGAUGAGUGCAAGAAAGUGGGAUACAAUAUAUCUUCAAUAAUCAACACAAAUGGAAGCAUCACCUUUGUACUAAAAGUUCCAUUUACUGAUCCUGAUGUUCAAAUUAAGUUUGUGUCUGGCGAAAACCGUUCUUACACUCUAAACGUUACGUUUGGCUUCAUUGUGGUUCCAAGUAAAGAGAGCUACAAAUCUUCAGGUGUAAUCAUUUGCAUAGUCCCAGACGCAGUGCCUCCUAGAAUUAUUGGUUCUUGUGAUGCAAUUUACUUAAACCUUAUAAUCGUCCGUGGCAAUGUGGAUGCAAACUGGCGCCCUUAUAUAAACAAUCAGCCAUUGACAACAGAAUAUGCAGCAAAAAAUGGAUAUAUCUUCAAGGAGAACAGCACAAACAUCAUGAUUUCAGUACCUCGAUUUUCCAGCUCUGUUAUGCUUGAUGAUGUUGGUAGUGCUGGCAUAAGUCUCAGACUUCCAUUAUCCCUGAAAGACAGUUCUACUGGACUUCCGAUGAAAGAUGUCUCUGUUUCUUGCAGUUAUCCUGACAAACUUAUUGAGUGUUUCCCAAAUGGCACAAUAACUGUUUUGGCUCUGAAAAUAGCUGCAGUAACUAACAUGGAUGUAUCAAAGCUGGUUUUAAGAGAUAGAUCCUGCAAACCAAAUGAAGUAACAGAUCAAGCGGCAAAAUUUAUAUUUACAGCAAAUCGGUGCGGUACGAGAAGAAUGUUUUACAACACCACUAUGACCUAUGACAAUGAAGUCUUAUACUUUGGUAGCGGAGGCACCAGCCCAACUUACAGGCUUCAGUUUACAUGUGAUUACUCCACAAAUGGAACAGUGAUUGUCCAGUAUGGCUUUGAUUUAAAUCCUACACUUGCUGGUAUGACGGAAUAUGGCUCACUUGCUUUGGUCAUGAGUUUAAGUAAAGAUAAUUCAUACAAUAUCUUCUAUAAAGAUAUGGAAUAUCCAGUAGUGAAAUUCUUGCGGGAACCUUUGUACUUUGAAGUGGCCCUCCUGCAAAGUAUAGAUCCUCGACUUGAGCUCUUUUUGGAGGACUGUUGGGCUACAACCUCCCCUGACAGGAACAGUUUUCCCCAGUGGGAUAUUGUGGAUAACAGCUGUGAGUUUGCAGAGAGCGACAAGACUAUCUUUCAUCCAGUGACUGCAAAUACUAGAGUGAUGUUCCCAAGUCACCUUAAAAGAUUUGAAGUGAAAAUGUUUACCUUUGUACAAGACGACGCCUACUUGGGAGAGAUGUAUUUUCAUUGCAAUGUGGUGAUUUGCAAUAGCGAGCAACAAUCUUCAGAUCCACUGUGUACAAAAUCUUGUAUCCCUGCGAAGCAGAGAAUAGGGCGCAGUGUUCAUCCAAGUAAUAAGUAUGGAUAUGUCUCUUCAGGCAUGAUAUUACUACAAUCAAACUUACUUUAUUUUUUUGCUCCUUAUACUAAAAUAACCCCCUCUGGCCGCUCCCACAGCAAAACUAUUAUAUAUUUUUGA